GAGCAACGUUAUCAACCCACGUGUCAACCUCUCAUUGGGCAACGCAUCACAACCUCAAAAAGCAUAUCAGCAGUGACACUAGUAGAUCAGUAUAUAACCAGUUAACCCAAACACACAAUGAGUGGUGCUUAAUGCAAAAGGAUAGAUAGAAGGCUAGUACAUUCACACCAACCAUGGCCUCAGCUUCUCUCUUCAAGCCAUCUCCUGCUACCAUUCUUGAUAAGUCCGACUGGGUCAAGGGCCAGACCCUCCGCCAACCCGUCUCCCUCGUCCGCUUCAACUCCACCGCACCAUCCGCACUCACUGUCCAUGCAAGCUCAUACGCUGAUGAGCUCGUCAAAACCGCGAAAACUGUUGCGUCCCCGGGCCGAGGAAUCCUGGCCAUGGAUGAGUCAAAUGCUACAUGCGGAAAGCGGUUAGCCUCUAUCGGUUUGGAGAACACUGAGGCUAACCGUCAAGCUUACCGGACACUCCUGGUUAGUGCACCGGGUCUAGGAAACUACAUCUCGGGUGCUAUCUUGUUUGAGGAGACUUUGUACCAGUCAACCGUCGAUGGUAAGAAGAUUGUGGAUAUCCUUGUGGAACAGGGGAUUGUUCCCGGAAUCAAGGUCGACAAGGGUCUUGUGCCGUUGGCUGGUUCGAAUGAUGAGUCUUGGUGCCAAGGUCUUGAUGGACUUGCUUCACGGUCCGCUGCUUACUACCAGCAGGGGGCUCGUUUCGCCAAAUGGCGUACAGUCGUGAGCAUUCCCAACGGUCCAUCAGCACUUGCGGUCAAGGAAGCAGCUUGGGGUCUAGCUCGUUACGCUGCUAUCUCUCAGGACAACGGUCUGGUCCCGAUUGUUGAGCCCGAGAUCUUGCUUGAUGGAGAGCACGGAAUUGACAGGACCUUUGAGGUUGCACAAAAGGUGUGGGCUGAAGUGUUCUUUUACUUAGCCGAAAACAAUGUGUUGUUUGAAGGUAUCCUCCUGAAACCCAGCAUGGUUACACCCGGAGCCGAUUGCAAAGAACGGGCCACACCCGAAGAGGUUGCUGCUUACACUUUAAGCCUUCUUCAGAGAAGAAUCCCACCUGCAGUUCCCGGAAUCAUGUUUUUGUCUGGUGGCCAAUCUGAGGUGGAGGCUACACUCAACUUGAAUGCAAUGAACCAGAGCCCGAACCCAUGGCACGUGUCCUUUUCGUACGCACGUGCUCUUCAGAACACUUGCCUCAAGACAUGGGGAGGAAGGCCCGAGAAUGUGAAGGCGGCUCAGGACGCUUUGCUCCUUAGGGCUAGUGCCAACUCACUUGCUCAGCUCGGGAAAUACACUGGUGAGGGUGAGUCCGAGGAGGCUAAAAAGGGAAUGUUUGUUAAGGGCUAUGUCUACUAAGUUUAAGAAAAAGAUGUUAUGAAUUUGUGUCGUCGUUAGCCCAUGGAGACUGCUACUUUUGUUCAUAGCAUAUCUACUAUAAGUUUUUCAUGCUAUUGAUGAUAAUGAGAUGGAAUCAUGGAUUCUUAUAUCUUGUAGUUUCAAGAGAAAUCUAUAAGACGCGUUUUCUUAGUUAUGGUUA